AUGUCGGCCCGCUCCCACGCAUCGACGAUCUUCUCGAAUGCUUGGGCGGUGCCAACUAUUUCUCCAAGUUGGACCUCAAGGCGGGUACCACGAGCUCGAGAUCCAUCCAAGAGAUCGAUACAAAACCGCGUUCAAGACACGGUAUGGGCACUUCGAGUGGGUCGUAAUGCCAUUCGGCCUCACGAAUGCCCCGGCCACCUUCCAAGCGGCAAUGACAACGGAGUUUCGCGACAUAUUGGACCGGUUCGUGCUCAUCUACCUCGAUGACAUCUUGGUAUAUAGCCGGAAUUUGGACGAGCACAUCGUGCAUCUACGCACUGUUUUGGACAGGCUACGUACGGCCAAGUACAAGGCCAACCGAGCCAAGUGCGAAUUCGCGCAGCAAGAGCUCAAGUACUUAGGCCACUUUGUGACGCCGCAAGGCAUCCGUCCGCUCGCGGACAAGAUCAAGGCCAUUCAAGAUUGGCCGGAACCAACCAACACCACGAAAGUCCGAUCUUUUAUGGGAUUGGCCGAGUACUACCAACGCUUCAUCGGAGGAUACGCACGGAUCGCCGCGCCCUUGUCAAGAUUGAGGUUCUCCAAAGCUCCGGAGGUUCCGGAGGAUCGGGACGGGGGCAGGGCUAGUCGUAGUGAGAACAUGAUGGUGGGGCGUACUUGCUAUGAGUGUGGUGAGCCCGAUCACUUCGCCAGUGUCUGCAAAGAGUACUGGGAGGCCAAGGAUCGGGGGGUUCCGUUUGUACCUCCACCACCACCAGCGUAUGUAAGAACGGGUCGGACCGUGUUUGGCAGUGGAAGCGAACGACGGAGUCACUCGACGGACAACUAUGCGAUGAGGAGAGAAGACGAGGAGACGAAUGCGAUGAUGAGGAGUUAUUUUCGAGAGAAGGCUCUGAUGUGGAAACAGGAGAAGGAGAAUUUGGCAAAGGAAGAAGAGAAGCGAAAACAAGAAGCGUUGCGACUCGAGGCAGAGAAGAAGAAACAGGAAGAAAUUGAAGAGCGGAAGCGAGUUGAAGAUGAACAAGACGCAAGGCUACUACGUAUCAUCCGUUCGGAAAUCCGAGUUGAAAGUGACACUGAGAAUGAACGUGCUCCACGACGAAUCAGGAAGUUGGUGAGACGAAACGAGAGGGGCGAGACGUUGGAAGAAGAGAAGGAAAGGUUAAGACGAACAAUCGCCCUUCAUCAAGAGGAAGAAGCUGUUGAGGACGAAGAACUCAUUCUGCUACGAAGACGAGCGGCAGGAUUGGUAAUUAGUGACAAGAGGAAGCGGGAGAAGGAGGUAGUGAUUGGUGAUAGUCCACCAAUGAUCACGCCUACCAAAGGACAGCGGACGAGACUGGGAACGAUGGUGAAAUUACGGAUCGAGGAGAUACGCGAAACGGGGAAGGUGGCGACAUCGUCAUCCCCGAUACCCGAGCCGGUGGGGAAGAUUGCCUUGUCCCUCAAACACAUCUCGGUUGGGACUGGCCCGGGUGCAAGGGAGAAGUACGAAGCGGACUGUCGGGAACUCUACAAAGCGCUGACAGUGGAAGAACUGAAAGAGGCAUGCAAGACAGAACGAAUUAACUAUGCUAAGAGUGGGAAGUUAGAUCUGAGCUCUCCAAGAGGUUGUGUGUAUGUUAUCAUAUCGCCAUGGUAUAAACAGUGCUAUGUUGGGAUGACUGAACGGAACCUAGUAUCGAGAUGGAAUGAACAUGUGAGUUGUGCAAGACAGGGAGAUAGGAAGAGAGGAAGGAACCUGUACAAUUGGUUGGGGAAGGUAGGCGCCCUCGCGUAUGUAGCUAUCCCUUUAUGCUUUAGUAAUGAUAGGAGGGAGUUGGAAGCCAUCGAUCGGACACUCAUCCGGACAUGGUCACCAUCAUUGAACUUGAAAGGAGUCGGAAAAGGGAACGGAAAGAGACGGAGGAGAGGGAAGAGGGAACGGAGGAAGAAGGUUAAAGGUAAGAACGAGCGUACUAACUCGUCAAGAUCGAGAAUCCUAGAGCUCUGUGAGGAAGGGGAUGAGCCGACGGUCAGGGCUGUGGACCUACUGAGAAAACUCAGUCGGGAGAAACCGAAACAGGACGUGCGGAUUAGCUGUAACGGUGGUGCAGCGUGGGUUGACGGAUGGCGGGUCGUGAGAUGUUUAUUUGGCGAAUCGCGUGUGAUCGUGGGAAAACGGACUAGACCCCUUCGAAAGUGUAAGUCACUGUUCGAGACGGAAGGUUGGGUGACCGUGCGGAACGGUAUCGAAGCAUCGCCUGGAACGAUACGCUUGAAGCAGGAGGUGAUUGGUAUGUUUAGGGAUAAAAGAAAGAAGAAGAUUUUGCUGAGUAAGUCGAAGAGCGAGUUGGUUAGAUACUAUGGGGUUGAGAAGUUGUUCUCAGAGAAGCGUAACCGUACGAAGGUGAGGAGAAUGGUCUCUGAUGUCUUCAGGACGAAAUUUCAUAUGAAUGUAUGCAGGAGGGUCGUAGUGAAGGUCAAAUAUGAUGAGAGGAUUAAAAAAAGUGAAGUCGUAAGGGUAGUAAGAAGUGGUAUAGGGAGAUUGCAUCUUGAUCGACCAGUUCUGGAGAUGGUUCGAAGACGAUCCCGUGUCGUAUGGACAAGAGGUCCUAACGUCGGGGAUUUGAUCCAUAAUCACCGCCGCUUCGCGGCGAAUGGAGUAUCUGUGUGCAAUUGCACCAGCAUGUCCUUUCCUAAGUUGGAGGGACACGUCCAUUUCCGGAUUGGUGACUGGGAGGGCUGUCCAAAUAUAGCACGUAAUGCUAAGAACAUACCGAGUGAUUAUGGGACUGGUUUGUGUGAACGACUAUCGAAGGAGGUCACAGAAGGUUUCUCCGACCUCAGUUGGAUGGGUGAGGGUGUGGAAAAGGUGGAGUUCACAAGCAAAGAAGUGGAGAAGCGUAUUGUGAUGAAGGGGAAGGAAAAGGGCAGCGAUCUGACGGAGAUCAACAGUUUGAAGAAAGAAUUGCAGGGCUUGGUUUGUGCCCCUCUUGACAGAAACCCCGACGAUACUCUCGUGAUGUCCCCAACAACAUACCGGGAGGCGAUGAAGACUACACUCAUCGACAAUGAAGGGUACACAGUUCGGAAAGAGAAGGAGGAGGACAUCUUGGGGGAUGAACUAUGUGUAUAUGUAGAGAAGGGCUUUGAACAGGUGGGAAAGUGGAAGAAGGAUGGGAAGAUGGGUAAAGCCUAUGCGUUGCCAAAGCACAAGGACACGUCUAAAUAUAGACCAAUAUGUCCUACGUACAGUGAGCCGGGUAAUAACGCAUGCAAGAAGAUCUCGAGAGCCUUGAAUAUGAUGCUAUUCUCAUUGUCGGACAGCACGCACUUUAAUUUGAAGUCCAUCUGUGGGCUGCGAGAUAGGCUGAAAGGGAUUAAUUGCAGAAUUACGAGUGUUGGAUGUCGCACGCAGCUGCUUGCUCGAUCAUAUGAUAUUAAAGAUAUGUUCAGCAAGCUGCCGCAUGCGACGAUCAACCGUGCUGUUGACUGGUGCAUUUGGUGGCUUGAAUCCAGAGGAUACCGGGGAAUGUUUGUGAAGCGACAGGGAAAGGGUUGUAUGCUGAGUAGAUUGGAACGUAUUGAGGGUUGUCAGUAUUAGCUUUGGCGUCAUUCGUGAAUUUGUUCAUUUUGAACUUGAAUUUUGUUUUACGAUUGCGGGUGGCACCAUCUUGCAGC